AUGCAGAGUAUCGCGGACUUCCCUGGCUACACUACGCAGCCGCCGUUCAACCUAGUUCCCAACUCGACGCAAGUGGGGACCGCCACCUGGUUUCCAGGGGACUUGGUGGUCGUGAACCAGCUGGACCUGGGCUCCGGGCCGCAGGACUGGUCUAUUGGCUGUAACCUCGACAGAGUCGUGGUGCAAUCCCUCGACGGCCCGGCGACCCGUUUCGUCCUUCAAGUGACCGGCGAUGUGCCCACGGCUUUCUCUCGAUCUGCUUGGAGCUUUAGCGGACGGGUCUACUGUGCCGGUCUUCGGGAUGGAGGAGCAGGACAAUCACGCGGUGUCUAUGAGAUCUUCCCCGGAGAAAUCAACAUCACCAACAACUCCAUUCCAUUGACCUACGUCCUGGUACCGGAAUUCUUCCCUUCUUUCCCUGGUGAUGGGUUGAACUGCUUGAAUGGGACCAGCCAAUUCCCAAAUUCGACGACGACCACGACGAAUCCGCCCUGCUUCAGUGACCCCAUUUCGUGCCAAGAAUUCGCAAGCGUUCCGCUGCAAAUGGACAGAGUCUUCAACCAAUUUGGCUGUCAGGGUGCGAUCAAGGCCCUCAACGUGACCACGGGGCUCUACGAGGAGCUCUGCCGCUCAAACAACGACCCGGGAAUAUGUUACAGCGGCUGUGGCAUUAACCCUGAGGACAACAUGAUCUACUGCGAGACGUUCGAUGGGUUCCGUACACUUACGCGGUUGACAUGCAAUACGACGACUGGCCUCUUGACCCACUGCUUUGUGGGGGCGCUAAAUGCGAAUACAGCGGCAACGUUCAAUCCAACGGACAAUGCUUACAUUGGCAACUCCGGCCGGCUGUUUCAAUUGCUAAAUACGAGCCAAUUCCCGGCCUUCGAGAAUCGGCCGCCUGCUGACGGGUCGACAAACCUCGCCGACUUCUCCACCAUCAUCGGGCCGCGCCUCGAUGCUCGCGGCCUUACAAUGGCAAGGUACGACCUCUUCGGGCUCGGGCUGCAGGAUUGGGUGGUGGCAUGCAACGGUAACAUUGUCACGUUCCAGUCGGUACUGAACUUCAAUCAGAACUUCGUCCUGAACGUCGUCGGAGCUGACCUGACCGGACUUGCUCCAACCCAGUGGACUUUCAACAACCAAGUCUACUGUGCAUACCCCUUCGGCGUCUACGAGGUGCUGCUGGAGUUUGCCAGUCUCUCCACCUUCACGGUGUACUUGUCCGAGGUCAGUAAUGCGCGGACAACCGCCCAAGGAGUCUUCGUUGAAGGCAUGAAUUGCCAAAACACGGCCAGUCCUUUUCCCGAGGCUACGACUACCACCUCCACCACAACCACCACGACGCCCCCGCCCUUGGAAGUGUGCAACAGCACUCCAUGGAACUGCUCCGAUCAGGCCCUACAGCUGAUCAAUGACAUAUCAGACGGGCAAUGCGUCGGGUCCACCAUCCAAGCUCUCAAUCUGACGACAGGGGAGUACGAGGUCCUUUGCCAAUUCCCGGGCGAAUGCUUCAACGCUUGCGGAAUCAACCCGAUCGACAACACGAGCUACUGCCUCACGCAGGAGGGAGGAACCACGAGCUACCUAACUCGGCUCACCUGUCCGAUCGGUGACGGAUCGGGGCCCACCAUGGGGGAAGCAUGCUUCCUAGGAUUGACUUUUGCAUCCGUGGCCGCGGGUUUUGAGCCAGAGAAUGGGACCUUCGCCUUCGUUUCAACCGUUCUCUACACGCAGGACGGCCUCGAGAACCUCCCGGGCUACAACCGCCGCCCUCUGCCGUCGGACAAUGUCACCUACGACCUGAGAGGGGAUGCUGUGCCCGUCGUGAACUCGCAGGGCAAGGUCAUCGAUGGAGCCGACCUCACGGUUCGCAGGACCGAUCUGGGUAACGUGACUGGGGAGCAGAACUGGGCGGUGUCGUGCCAAGACAACUUUGUCAUGUUCCAGUCGCUGCAGGUGCCGGACAAUUUCUACAGCCUGUCGAUGGAAGGUUCCUCACCUUCCGGGCCGGCUGGCGCCCAGUGGGAGUUUGAGGGUCGCGUGUACUGUGCUUACAACAACAACGGGGAGGUCUUCGAGGUCCUGAUCGACACGGCAGAAUUGCAGAACAACACUGUGAUCACCGGAUUCGUGCAAAAUUCGGCAGAAGUGUCGUCCAAUGACGGUCUAAACUGCCUCAGCGUUCCGACGCCUUUUGGUGAAGCUGUCACGACCACGACCACGACUUCGACUACCACGACUGCUCCAACCACCACAACCACUGAAGCCCCGACAACUACGACCACCGCCGCUCCAACAACCACUACAACGGUUGCUCCCGCAACCACCACUACCACCACCGCUGCUCCCACAACCACCACCACCACAGCUGCUCCCACGACCACGACUACACUCGCCCCCACGACCACGACCACCGCCGCUCCCACGACUACCACCACCACAGGUGCGCCCACGACUACGACAACCCUCGCCCCCACGACAACGACCACCGCUGCCCCUACGACAACGACCACCGCUGCCCCCACGACUACCACCACCACGGUUGCUCCCACGACUACGACUACCCUUGCCCCUACGACAACGACCACCGCUGCUCCCACGACUACCACCACAACAGUUGCUCCCACGACUACGACCACCCUCGCCCCUACGACAACGACCACCGCCGCUCCCACGACUACCACCACCACGGUUGCUCCCACGACUACGACUACCCUCGCCCCCACGACAACGACCACCGCCGCUCCCACGACUACGACAACAGCUGCUCCGUCAACCACAACCACUGCUAUGCCAACGACCACUACUCCGGAAGCCACAACAACGGAUGUGUCGACCUCAACUACCACGAGCACUUCGGUUCAAACUACAGCGCCAGAUGUUCCAACUACGACGACGAUGACUGGACCGGACACCACGACCAAGAAGCCCUACUACAAGUACUACGGCAGGCACCACCGUCAUCGUUGCGCAAGAUGGUGCAAGUGGCAACCGCCUGAGACUUGGAAGCUGAACCCCCUCUGCCGGGGGUGCAAGAAAGGCGGUGGCCCGAAAUGA